UUAUUGCCAUGGACGGGGAGUGCGUGUCGCUGCUUCCCGGGGUCUGUAAGGUGCUGGCGGACUCGGGCAGGUCCCUGCCUGAUGACACCAGUCUGGAAAAACUGCUGGACUGGUUCACUGGGCUCAGCAAGACCGGCGGUUCCCUGCUGGAGUCCUGUCCCUGUCUGCUUGAAUUCAUAUCCACUGUGGGUUCCAACACCGCUUUGGAUCCUGGGGUCCUCUCCUUCGCUCUCAGACUCGCAGGCCUAAUAGCUGCCAGGGAAGCAGGUUUUACCGUGCUUCAGGAGCGCUCUGUUGUGGACCUGGUCUUUAACCCCCAGCACUGGCAGGAUGCUGGACUCUGGAGCGAUCCCUGUAUACGAAUCGGCUGGAUUCAGGGGUUACAGAACAUGCUGCAGCAUCCGAAGGCGCUCAGUUUUUUUGUACAGUCAGAUUUGACUCAGCUGCUGCUUCAGCUCCAGGCAGACACAAGCCUUUUCGUGGCCUCCGCUGCCAGUCAAUUGCUCGGCCACAUCCUGCUCCGCUUUCAGCCGCCCCCGUCCUCCCGGCGCGAGGGCACGGGUGAAACCGCUGAAGAUCACCAGGGGACCAGCGUGGAGUACGCUGCUGUCGUGGUGGUGAUUUCCGAGUACAUCCAGAAGUCCCUGUCCACUGAAGGAAGCACUCAGCAUCGUCGGAGCGUGCAGCUUCUCCGACUGCUGGCGCUGCUGCUCGCCCAGGCCGGGCCUCCGCUACGGGACACACUGCUCCAGGCCGUGGGAGACGCUCUGAAGGAGCUGGUGGCGGCAGGUUGCAGUCAGCUCACACUGCCUCUGAUGGACGUGAUCCUGGCUGCGCACAGCAGUUGUGGUGCUGAUAAACCAGACAGGCACCUCUCCUGCCUUUUGUCAUCCAUGUUCAGUGUCAACAAACCUGCGGAUCUCAUUCAAGCUGCGGCUGCUUUUCUGCGCAGAGGUCUUCAUGACAGUGAUCACUCAGUCUGGGCUGUGAGAAUUCUGCUGCUACCCCUUGACAUCGUUACUGGCCGGAGUCUGCUGGGCUCUAAGGACUUAGACGAGCAUCGAUUGUCCACUGCAGAGGAGCUGAAGAUUAAAAACUCCUGCAUCUCUUUGCUUUGUCUUUGUCUGACAAACACACCACACAUCACACUCCUGCCUGCUGAUUUGCUGCCCUGUCCUCCAGGUUUAAUAGUCACUGCAGUUCUGGCAUUAUUAAGUAUCUCUAGUGGCCAAAACUCAGCAUCUUCAUCACCAACAGCCACUAGCUGCACUGAAGUUUCCAGGAAUGUUAUCGGCAGCAGCAAAGUUCAGAAAUGUGCUUUAGAGGCUCUGGCAGCUCUCAGCUGCUGCCCAGGAGGAAAGGAAAAGAUGAAUGAGGUGUUCACAGUCCUGUUACAAUAUCUGGACAGUCCUGACUCUGACCCCACUGUGUUACACAAGUCAUACCUGGCCUUAAUAAAAUGGAUGAGCUUGUGCACAAACCUGUCUUUCCUAACAGAACAGCUUCGACAAGAUCUGCUCUCGGUUGUGAGGAAACGCGUGUGUGACGUGCGUUGGGAGGUGAGAGACUCGACUGUGGAGUUUGUGGGAAAAGCAGCAGGUGUCCUGACGUCCCCAGAGGAGGCUCCUGAGGGUCUGCCGGUCAGCACCGCUCCUCUCCUGAAGGAGGCGCUGCAGGACACAGAGAGCUACGUGAGAGCCAGCGCCAUAGGUGCUCUGGCACAGACACAGUGGCACAGCUGGCAGCAGGGGGCAGCACUCACACAGCAGCAGACUGAAACUGUGAGCAGGCUGCUGGAAAUUCUUUCCCAGGACACAGAGGGAUUUGCCAGGAGGGCUGUUGUACAAUACUUCAUCUCCUGGUUCUCUGCCGUCUCCUCACACGCGUCUCCCUCCUCAUCCAUCUCCUCCUACCCGUCCGCCUCUCUGCUGAUGAACUCCGUGCGUUCUGUCCUCUCUUUCGGCAGCGCUGAUCUGGACUGGGAGGUCAAAGUUCACACGCUGGAGCUGGCUCGGUUGCUAUUGGAUGAAGCCUUUUUGGCUGAGUGGGGUUAUAGAAAGAGCCCAGACUCUUAUGCGGGAGAUUCUGAGAGGACAUGCAGACUUCACACACACUCAAGGGGUGUGGAGUCAGAUUUAGCUGGUGUGCUAACCAGCCUGGUAGAGCUGGGAGUCAUCUCAGCGUUGUUAAGUGGUCUGGUUGACUGUGACAGACCGGUGGCUCUGAAGGCCUGUCGACUGCUGAUAAGACUCAGAGACACAGUCUCUUGGGACUCGGAGUCCCAAGAUGCAUCUGCUGCCAUGGCGACCGUGACUAGGGUGUCUUGUGAGCUGCCUGGUUGGGGCUGGGGGCAGGAGAUCAAGAAGGUCCUGGAGAGCAAGAGCAGUGACUGGGCUUCUAAGGAUUGUGCCACUGCUCUAAUCCUCAGUGGAGCAGAUGAUGGUGACUCUGACCAGGAUGGAGGCGACCGCAUGCACGCUGGUGUGUGUGAGGUGCUGAGGAGCCUGGGUUUAGACGAGAGGCUGGACAUCCUCAGUCAAAGCAGUGACCACGUCCAUAACUCUCCACUGUCUUUGCUGCAGGACAUACUGGAUGCGAGUGCUGCACACACUCACCCAAACACACAACCAGGACAGGAAGUCAUAGUGGACUGUUAUUGACACACUGUCUCAUGUCUGACACUCAGGCUGCCUUCCUGUUGCUUUAGUGAAGAGGAGGUGAUAAGUAUAAAUACUGCUUCAUUUAAAUCUGCAGCUUUUAUGUUUAAAAAAAUGUUAAGGCUUUUGAAAUAAAAAAAACUGAUUUGCA